ACACAGCCAAUCGUCUAUCACGACGUCAAUGUUAGUCGUCUAGCUUUAAAUGGUUUCGUCAUACAUGCGCGUCGAGGAAAAUAUUUGAACAAAAAUAAAGCAUUUGUAUGUAGCGAAAAACAGUCGGUUUAUAGAAGGUUCAUAGCAACGAACGUAUUCUUUUGUUUUACGUAACUCGACCGGCAGUUUGUUUAAUAACAGCGAAAGUAUAACGGCUGUUUGAUGCAUUUAGGCGAGGGAUAACAGUUUGCUCCUGUGUAUCUGCCGCUGUAGUCAGUGUGUAACAGUGUGUGUCUGCUGCUGUAACUUAGUCUGGUUGGCAGCAUGAGUUAUGGCCAUGGGUAUGGUAACAGACGCGGGCGAAGAGGAGGAGGCCGGCGUUUCGGAGAUGGUUCCAGGUGGAAUAGAGAAUCUGGAGGAGGAUGCCAGAGAAACUCUGAAUGGGACUCAAACGAGGAGCAGGGGCAUGGAGGAGGACGAAGAGUCGGCAAACACCCACCCCAUCUGACGGGUCGCGAAAUUGGAUUGUGGUAUUCCAAAAACGGAGGCAUUAACAGAGCCGAGGCAGAGAGGAAAUCGAGAGCUGUUGUUAAGAUGGAUGCAUCGCGAGAGCAGCGCAUCACUCAGUUGCUGAACUCAGUACAAAGAGAUGCAGGCAGAGAGUCUCUACCCUCCAUGUCUCAAAGCUGGAGGGUGAAAGAGGAGCCCAACAGCCGAAGAAGUAGAGACACAGAAUCUCUUCCCUCCACGUCUCAAAGCUGGAGAGUAAAGGAAGAACCCAACAGCCCUAGAGAUGCAGACAGAGAACCCCAUCCCUCCACGUCUCACAACUGGAGGGUCAAAGAGGAGCCAGUCAGCCACAGUUACUUUGAUGGAGACGAUCCUCCAGAUGUUCCUGAAAUCGUUCUGAAAGUUCCAAAAAUUGAGCCCAAAGAGGAGAGGCGAGAGGAUGAGUCUGGGGCGAGUGUAAGAGAAGACCUCACUGACACUGAACUGGACUACUUAUUUCAGUAUGUUGUUCAAAAACCCUCUCUGGAUGAGGAGCUUAAGGAAGAUCUGCAGAAGAAAAGAGAUAACCAUAGAUACAAAGAUAUGCUGAAAUUCAGAGAAAAGCUUCCAUCAUAUGGAAUGAGAGAGGAGCUGGUUAGGCUAAUUGGUGCUAACCAGGUGCUAGUGAUCAGUGGAGAGACAGGAUGUGGGAAGACUACACAGGUUACUCAGUUCAUCCUUGAUGAUUAUAUUCAGAAGGGCAUGGGCUCUCUCUGCAGGGUGGUAUGCACCCAGCCACGGCGCAUCAGUGCCAUAUCAGUAGCUGAGAGAGUAGCUGCAGAGCGGGCAGAGGCGGUGGGAGAUGGGAAGUCUUGUGGGUAUCAGAUUCGUUUGCAGAGCCGGUUACCACGGAAACAAGGCUCAGUGUUGUAUUGUACGACAGGCAUUAUUCUUCAAUGGCUCCGCUCGGAUCCGUAUCUCUGCAGCAUAAGUCAUCUGGUCCUAGAUGAGAUUCACGAGAGGAGUCUUCAGUCGGAUGUUCUACUCACCAUCGUGAAGGACUUGUUGCGCACUCGAGAUGACCUCAAAGUAGUGCUCAUGAGUGCCACGCUUAACGCUGAAAAAUUUAGCAGAUAUUUCAAUAACUGCCCCAUGGUCCAUAUUCCCGGAUACACAUUUCCUGUGAAAGAGUAUUUACUGGAGGAUGUAGUGGAAAUGCUGAGAUUCAAGCCACAACACCAACCGAAGCAACAGCGAUCUCGCUGCAGGAGAGGUUUUAUGCGCGGCCAGAACAUGUUGCCAGAGAAGGAGAAGAAAGAGGCUGAGUACAGGGAGAGUUGGCCAACCUACGCCCGCACGCUCAGAGAUCGGUACUCAGACAGCACCAUUGACGCAUUGGAGUUGAUGGAUGAUGAUGACAAGAUUAAUCUGGAGCUUAUCGUGGCAUUGAUCCGUCACAUCGUGAUGAAUGAGAAUGAUGGAGCUAUUCUAGUGUUUCUGCCUGGUUGGGACAACAUCAGCAAUCUGAAUGAUCUGCUUAUGGCAGAUAAGAUGUUUAGAUCAGACAGAUUUAUAAUCAUCCCCCUCCACUCUUUGAUGCCCACGGUCUCUCAGACUCAGGUGUUCAAAAAGCCACCGGCGGGAGUGCGCAAGAUUGUGAUUGCUACCAACAUCGCUGAAACCAGUAUCACAAUAGAUGAUGUGGUUUACGUGAUUGACGGGGGGAAGAUUAAAGAAACUCAUUUUGACACACAAAACAACAUCAGCACCAUGACUCCGGAGUGGGUGAGCUUAGCCAACGCCAAACAGAGGAAGGGCCGUGCUGGCAGAGUGUCUCCGGGGAAAUGCUACCACCUGUAUAACGGAUUAAGGGCCAGCCUCCUCGAAAGCUACCAGCUACCCGAGAUCCAACGCACCCCACUGGAAGAGCUUUGCUUGCAAAUUAAGAUCCUGAAAUUGGGCUCCAUUGCGUCAUUUCUGCAUAAAUGUCUGGACCCUCCAUCAGACACAGCGAUAGAUCUUGCCAUCACACACUUGAUAGAGCUGAAUGCUCUGGAUCACAAUGAAGAGUUGACCCCAUUAGGAUACCAUCUCGCCCGUGUGCCGGUAGAGCCUCACAUUGGAAAAAUGAUUAUAUUUGGGGCUCUUCUGAGCUGUCUGGACCCUGUGCUAACCAUCGCAACCAGCCUUAGCUUCAAAGACCCCUUCAUUAUACCACUGGGGAAAGAGAAGAUUGCAGACAACAGGAGAAAAAUCCUCUCCAGAAACACCAGGAGUGAUCAUCUCACUGUUGUCAAUGCUUUUUGGGGCUGGGAGGAGGCUAAGAGAGAGGGUGGUAGGUUUGAGCGAGAGUACUGCUGGGAAAACUUCCUAUCUGCCAACACACUACAGAUGCUUCAGAACAUGAAAGGUCAGUUUGCAGAGCAUCUUUUGGCAACUGGGUUUGUGAAUAGCAAGGACCCGAAAGAUCCCACCUCUAACAUAAACUCAGAUAAUGAGAAGCUGAUAAAGGCGGUGAUCGUAGCAGGCCUGUAUCCUAAGGUUGCCAAGGUCCGCCCCAGUAAAAUACCGAAGGUGUACACUAAGACUGAGGGGAGAGUGUAUAUCCACCCUAAAUCUGUUAAUGCGGAGGAGGCUAACUUCAACUACUCAUGGCUCAUCUAUCACCUGAAGAUGAGAACCACAAGUAUCUUCCUGUAUGACUGCACAGAGGUCUCCCCAUUUUCGCUGCUAUUUUUUGGAGGGGAUAUUACCAUACAGAAGGACGAGUACCAAGAGACCAUUGCUGUUGACGAAUGGAUCGUCUUCCAGUCCCCGGCACGGAUUGCUCACCUUGUUAAGGACCUGAGGAAGGAGCUGGAUGUGUUGCUGGAGGAAAAGAUAAGGAGACCACGACCUGUGGACUGGAAUGACCGCCAGUCUAAAGACUGUGCUGUCAUCUCGGCCAUCAUUGACCUCAUCACCACACAAGAAACCCCUGCUGGAGAUGCCAGGAGAGACGCCAGGAGAGACAGCCAAUGAGCAUCAACCAUUACCAGCUUAUUUAUUUAAGUGACAUUGUUCAGAAGAGUUCAGAAUCUGUUUUGUUAUUAAUGUUUUAUUUUAGCAUUGGCUGAGUAAUUUUGUUUUUACACCUUCAAGUGGUAGAUUUUCUUUACAGUAAUUCAUUGCAUUGAUUAUAAUACAAUCCAUGUCAGUGGAGGUCUCUGAUGUAUAUUUACAAACAAAUACUUAUAUUGGUCAUAUGUUAUAUGUUGGUUGGUGAAACACACCAUGAAUGCCUUCAAGGAAUGAAACUUUACAGUUUAAAUGCACAUUAAAGCAUCUGGUAUAUA